GAGGCUACAUAAGGGCACCCACAGUCUCCCCAUUGUUCACUGGCAUCAUUGUUGGUCUGACCUCCCAGCUGCUCAGCCAUGGCCCCCAAGAAAGCCAAGAAGAGGACGGCAGAGGGAGCCAACUCCAAUGUGUUUUCCAUGUUUGAGCAGGCUCAGAUCCAGGAAUUUAAAGAGGCCUUCACUAUCAUGGACCAGAAUAGGGACGGCUUCAUCGACAAAAAUGAUCUGAGGGACACUUUUGCUGCUCUAGGACGUCUCAAUGUGAAACAGGAAGAGAUUGACGAGAUGCUCAAAGAGGCUCCUGGCCCAAUCAACUUCACUGUCUUCCUUACCAUGUUCGGUGAGAAACUGAAAGGUGCUGAUCCAGAGGAGACCAUCCUCAACGCAUUUAAAGUCUUUGACCCUGAGGGGAAAGGUGUGCUGAGGAAGGAUUAUGUGACACAGAUGCUAACAACACAGGCAGACCGGUUCUCCCCUGAGGAGAUGGAUCAGAUGUUUGCUGCCUUCCCCCCAGAUGUAACAGGGAACCUGGACUACAAGAACCUGGUUCACAUCAUCACCCACGGAGAGGAAAAGGACCAGGAGUAAACCUUUGUGUCAACGUCUUCGUCAAACAGAAAGUCCGUCUAAUGCUCGUCGUACAUGACUUGAAACUGGCCCGCUGCCGUUGAUGGAGAUAUGGACAAUGGUUUAUCAGUGCGUCUUUAUGUUGGCUGCAUUGUCUCUGUUCAGUUCUCAAGAGCACAGGAGGUUAAAACAAAACGUCUUCCAGACCCCAAAAACGCACAGUAUACAGCAUCAACAUAGUGAGCUCCCUUACUGCUUUAUCCAUAAUAUGUUCCCAAACUCAUCUGAGAUCAAUUAAAUUAUUUUUCCUUAUCAUUUUGUACAUUCAAAACCACUUGCCUAUAGUUCUCAUAGCGAGUAUCCAUUUCUUCGGUCUGUGCAUGUUCGUCUAAUAAACGUUUCCAAAGACAGAA